AUGAGCUCCAAGGACCAACAAUCGGAGCCGUCGCCCGCAUCAGACCCGAAAAGCCAAGCGCCGGAAGACGCGGAGGAUAUUAAGAAUCCCGCGAUGGACCUACUAUCUCUUUCGCGUAAUGUCAAAAGCCGAAAGGGAGAGUACACCCGCCGACGAACAGUUCGCGUCAAGAUUGGAACCUGGAAUGUUGCAGCAAUCAAUGGCACAGAAAAGGAUGUUGGCAAAUGGUUCGUGCAGGGUCAAGGAGUGUGUGAAAAAUUCUCUGGUGCCAAGGGUGAGAAUCUUGAGCAUGCUGGAGCAACAGACGAAUGCCAGCCGAUCGGAGAUGACGAGGAUGAGAAGAAGAAAAAGCCCUUUCAAACAAGCCCCGAGGAGAUUGAGCUUUAUGUUUUGGGCAUACAAGAAGUGGUUGAUGUCUCAUCUCCUGCCGAGGCUCUCAGGCCAUAUACUGAUUCGGGCCCAUCAAAUCGUUGGAAAGAGUCACUCCAGGAAUCAUUACCCCCUGGGUAUCAGCUCGUCUCCGAGGUGCAGUUGAUUGGAUUAUUACUUUUAAUCUAUGCCUCUCCUUCGAUUGGUGAGAGCGUCUCUUCCGUUAGCAGUACCUACGUCGGAACGGGUUUAAUGGGUUACAUGGGGAACAAGGGCGCAGUGGCGACUCGUUUGGUCCUUGGUGAGACUACUCGCCUAGUUUUCGUGAACAGUCACCUCGCGGCAGGAUCGGACAAAAGCAGCCUAGAAAGACGCAACUGGGAUGCUUCUCAAAUUGCGUCGCGUGCAAAGUUUGAUCCAGUUGAUGGAGAGAAGGGGUCAGGGGAUGAUUCCCUUGAUGAAAUCGGAGAUGAGGACUUUACGUUCUGGUUUGGUGAUCUUAACUAUCGCCUAGAUGAUAUUCCUGGAAGCGACGUCCGACAAGUCCUAGCACGACACACCGUCAAUGCAUACGAUACUGCACUCCAGGAAACGAAAAAAUCGGGUAGUCGCCGAAGUUCUACUGCUGAAAUUGACAAUAAGCCGCAUCCACCGCAACCACCGCUUUCAGAGGACCAUGAGUUGCCUGAGCCAGUGACCGAUGACGAGAUUGACCCACAUAAUGAUCCCGCGUCCUUGCAGACAACAAUCUCAUCUCUCGUUGUGCACGACCAAUUGCGGAUUCAACAGAAACUGGGAACUGCAUUCCAUAAAGGCUGGCGGGAGGGCCAGAUCACUUUUCUUCCUACAUAUAAGUACGAUAUCGGUAGUGUGGCUAUGUUUGACUCCAGUGAGAAACAUCGUGGCCCCAGCUGGUGUGAUCGAAUCCUAUACCGCACCCGCCGAGACAAACUAAAGCAUGAGCAACUGGACCGAGAAGCCGAGCAAAUCCGGCAGAGAGACAAAGAAAUGCAAGAACAAGGUCUCGACCAGGCCGUUGCCGAUGACAACGUUUUAUUUGAUUACGACCCAGAGGUUGACGGAGUGGAUGCAGGAGAUGCAGGAGACGGGGUGGAGGAGUACAUUUCAGAUGAUGACCGAGCAUUUGUUUCCACUGCUGCAUCCGAAGACUCGACAUUAGACGAGCCCGUUCGUCUGGAUCAUUAUGUCUCACAUCAGGGAAUUUUGUCUUCAGACCACAAGCCCUUAGAUGCAAUUUUUACCUUGUCAUUUGAUGCGGUCAAUCCUAGCCUCAAAGCUAAAGUCCACCAGGAGGUGGUCCGUGAACUCGAUAAGGCCGAAAAUGAAGCUCGUCCCGGCCUUACUGUGGUCGUGGACGUUCCUCACGGUGAACAGGGAAAGGAACGAGACCCAAAUGCAGUUGAUUUUGGGAAGGUCGCCUAUGAUCUCCCAAUUCACCGAUCCAUCACAAUAGCCAACACGAGUAGUGCAUCGGCUACCUUUCAUUUUGGAGAGAGGCCCAGUAUUGACAAUAAGCACACAUCAAAGAACUCACCUUGGCUCGACAUUCAAAUUGAACGGCACGAAGAUCGUUCUAAGCAGCCGGCUAUUCCGACUACUGGGAAACCACACACUCUAUUGCCAGGGGAGGUGGCUAAUGUUGAUGUCACAGCUCACGUUCGGAUCAUUGAACACGUUCGCCUGCUUAACUUGAAGAAGGUCAAACUGGAGGAGAUACUAGUACUCCAUGUUGAUAGUGGCCGUGACCAUUUUAUCUCAGUUACGGGACACUGGUUGCCAACCUGCUUCGGAUGUAGCGUGGAUGAAUUGACGCGCAUGCCCGAAGAAGGCGCUCGCAGCCUCGAAGGAAACGAAGCGUCACACCCAUCCCAAAUCAAAUCCGAAGUGCGGCUUUCAGCCCCCCGAGAGCUCUUUCGCCUGACCGAGGCAAUCUCCGACUUGACCGAGCGGGCUGUAGCAGAGUGGAGCAUGACAAAAGGCGAAACUGGAGAAGAAGCGCCUUGGGCCUUAGAUCCAUUAGGAACCGGAUGGCCAUUUCAACCCGAUACGUGGACCCUUCAGGACCCUUACCAGCGCUCUGUUCUUUCCGCGUCAGUCCGAGAGUCCCUUGACACAAACGAAUCCUUAACCACGAUUUUCGCACCGGAUGUCUCAUCAAUCCAACGGCUAGAGAUCCUCUGCGAAACACUACUGAAGUUCCUCAAUUCUUUAAGUGAUGGUAUCGUUACUGCAAGUGUCUGGGAGGAUAUGGAGCGACAAUUGAUCUCGCGCGAGAAAUCUAAGACCCCUCCUCGGUCUUGGGAAGAAACUCAAGCCUGGGUUUUGGAAAGCCUUGCCUAUUCCCCCGCUCACAGUGUGUCUUUCACAUUUGUGACGUUCAUGCUCGCCCGCAUCGUCAAUGAAGUAGCCAUCCCAUCCAUCGCUCCACAGCCCAACCCACCAGUACUGUCGAAGGCUAAAAAGCAAUUGUCCAAUCUGGCGGAUCUUACCAAAUCCAAAGAUGAGAGCGGUAAGAAGGACACGAAAAACCAAGGCCAAGAUGAAAACCAAAAAGUGCCGGAAAACGUCAAAUCCAGCCUCCCGAACCCACCUACGCCCGCAUCUACAGCUGCAUUCAUCUCAGCAGGCAGCUUUCGUCGUAAGAGCCGCCUGCCCAGCAUAUCCGAGCCAUCGACCAAGAAAUCGGCCCAUGAGAAAGCUUCAGCGCGCCGACAGGCUGUUGAGUCUGCCCUUACUUCUAUAUUUGCCCGUGUACUCAUUUCGUCGGCUGUCCCCAUACCUUCCAAGGACAAAGAGCGUCGUGCUUCCGAGGAAAGGAAGAGAGGAAUUAUUGAGCCUUUUUUAAAAAUGAUUGGAGUUGAUGAAAAAGGACCUUCUGGAGGGCGGACUUGA